UCCACAAAACCAUGCCUCCUCUAAGCUCUCUCCUCACUUUUCCAACAAUCCCUCCAUAUAAGGGCUCAUGCUGAGAUCAUAUGACCAAUAUGGUUCCUCUUGAUUCCUCACCCCUUUUAGGCGUUUUCAGCUACGGCGGUUGCAGCGGUGGCCGAGGCGGUUUCACGAAGGCAGAGAUGAUCAGAGAAGCAACAAUAAACAAUCAAGAUUCUAGUGGAGAAACAUGCUCCGUCUCCGAUCCAAUAGCAUACAUGUCCUCCCCUCAGGGCAACAAAGACGAUGGAUCCGCAUCAAGGAACGCCGUCGUUUCUUGUAUUGACAUAGAAGAUAACAAAGAUAAAUCUUGGCUCCGCUUAGGUAUAGGACCUGAAGAAAACACCAACAACACGGCGUCGUAUAAGCUCCAACGUUGUUGUAGCAAAAACGCACGUGGGAGAGAAAACUCGUUAGAGCUCAGUUUGUUUACCUCAACCUCAACCGCGGCAGGAGCGUUUAGUAGUAGUGUAGAAGAUCACCGGCAGCCGCAGCAACCGCAGCAGCCUCCAUAUUGUCAUGAUCAAUUGCUAACGAUGCGCGGAGCGUCGUUGGUUUACAAUCAUCAAUUAACUCGGCCACAAACUUUGAUCAACGCCGCGUUUUCGUUUCCAUCUUCAACGCCAUGGAUACCUCAAUAUACGGCGCCAUGUAGACCAUCAUCAUUAGGAAUGAUGAGUGAGCGUAACGUUAUUAACAAUAACAAUGUUACACGGAGUUGUUGUGUGGAAGAGGGAGGAGCUGGACCAAGCUCGGAGUUUAGGGUUCUUGAUCCUCCAAGAAGACCACAUUCUGGUCUUUGGUUUCUUCUUCAAGCUUCACAAUUUCAGGAAAAGGAACCGUUUUUGCCUCAAGUUAAUAAACGCUACUUGAGAAUCAAAGACGGGAAAAUCACAGUUAGAUUGCUAAUUAAGUACCUUAUGAAGAAGCUUCAACUGGAUAGUGAAUCUGAGAGUGUGGACAAUUUUGCCCUUAAUGGAAAUGACACUUGUGGAUGGGUGAUUUGUGGACGAGUGAUGCGUGGUUGGGUGAUUUGUGGACGAGUGAUGUGUGGAUGAGUGAUGAGUAAUGUGUGGAUGUGUGAUGUUAAUGUGUUUAUAGUAGAUAAGGUGGACAAACUCUCUGUUUUGAUUCCAUAAAACUAUACAACAAUACGUGGAUAUGGACUCAUGUUACUAAAAUUAUACCAUAAAACAUGGACACGAACUCUGUUAUCUCCAAUACAAACACUUGGCUUCUUCAGCUCAAUUGAUAAAUUAUAUGCAAUUAAACUUCAAUCAAGAUGAGAAAGAGAUGAUAUUGUGAGUAUGAGCGAAGAGAAAAAUCGAAGAAGCGUUUACCUUUUGUCGGAAAGUAAUAGAUCUUGCAUGUCAGAGAUUUCUGAUCUAAGAAAUUUGCGCUUUGUCAUGAUGUGGAUGGAUGUAAUUUUGAUUAAAGUUGAAUUUAGAUUCCGAGAUGAUGAAUGGAAUCCAAGGAAUAUUGUCCAUGUCCACAACUAGUUUAUAAUUAUGUUAAGAUGUUCAUGUCCACAACUAAUUUAUAAUUCUGUUAUCCACGCUUCUGUGUCCACGUCCACAUUUUGUUUACACAUUAAUAUAUAUAAUAUAUAUAUGAACAUAGAUCUUAAAAGAUAUAUAAUUUUAUAUAUAGUUUAUUAUGACAAUUAUUUUUGUUUAAUAUAUUUUAGAACUUGAGAUAAAAAUAAAUAAAUACAUAAAGUAUAAUAAGAAAAAUAAUAAAAUGAAAUAAGAA